AUGAAUGACAGAGAAGAGUUUGAACAGGAAUUGCAGAACUUAAAGAUCGAAUUUCCAAAUGAAAAGACAUUUUCUUUGUUUAGAAAAGCAACAAACUCUUUGAUACAAAAUAUUUCUGCAGAAGAUUUAGUCAAAAAAUCAAAAAUUGUUGAUCUUUGGAGAGAUUUAAAUCUCUCGAAUUAUCAAUAUUUAUAUUUAUUGAAUAUUGUUGCAGGAAGAUCUUUUAAUGAUAUAUCUCAAUAUCCUGUGUUUCCAUGGGUUAUUUCUGACUACAAAAGACAGAAUUUCGAUGUUGACGACAUUUCGUUUUUCAGAGACUUUUCGAAACCUUUAGGAGCAAUGAACGAAAAAAGGUUCAAUAACCUUCUAAGGAGUUAUGAAAUUGUUGAUGAUCCGAUGCAGAAAUGUCUCUACAGAUCGAAUAUGUCGAAUCCAAGUUCUGUUUGUGGAUAUUUGAUAAGAACAGAACCAUUCACUAGUUUGCACAUUCGUUUGCAAGAUGGAAAAUUUGAUCAUCCAGGAAGAUUGUUCAGAUCAAUAAUUAGUGCAUGGAAGAGUGUUUCUGGAUUAGCAGGAGAUUACAGAGAAUUAGUUCCUCAGUUCUAUUCAUCGAGAUAUUUCCUUUUGAACUCAAAUCAUUUCGAUCUCGGAAAGAACUUGAAAGGAAAAGUUGUUGACGACGUGGAACUUCCUAAUUGGUGUAUCUCAUCAACAGAUUUCAUUUGGAAGAUGAGGUACGCUUUGGAAUGUCCUUAUGUAUCUCAACACAUCAAUGAAUGGAUUGAUUUAGUGUUCGGAAUCUUCCAAAGAUCAGAACAGCAUAAAAAUGUUUAUCAUCCAUUCAGUUACCACGAAAGUUUGACUGAUAAUUUGGAUGAAGAAUCCCUUGCUUUGCUUCAAAAUCACUGUGCAAAUUUCGGUUGUUUGCCAAUGAAAUUGUUUUCUCAACUUCAUGCUCAAAGAACACCAAGGUUGAGGAAAUCAUUGACAUCAAGAAACACAUUCGAUUUGAGUGAACAAAAGAAAGAGAAAACAAUUAGAAGUUCAACAGAAAAACUUCCAACUUUGGCAACUUCCGAAAAAGUUAUUAAUUCUUCUUUACUUGAUAAUAAUCCUCUUUCUUUGAUUGGUAAUCCAAUUUUGUUUGAGAAUGGCGUUUGUGUAACAAACAAAGGACAAAUCAUCAAAGAAAUAGAUAACAAUCCUUUGAUUUUGAAUGACCAAUCUAUCAAAAUUCCAAAUGAAUCUUUUUGUGUUGUAAGUGGCGAAAACUAUGAUAUUCUAUUGUCAACCGAAGAUGACAAUUGUUAA